AUAUGCUCUUUGUAUUUUUUUAUGUUUAUGGUGUGGGUUGCAGGCCGUUAGUCCAAAAUAGUUAAUUAUAGCUAUUUUACUGUAGGGUCUGUAAGUGUAAGCGUCAGAGAUUUAUUAUAAUGACCACUUGCAGAACCUGCCUAAAAUCUCCAGCCAAUAAAAAUAUUUCAGAGCUGGGUAAUGGUAUAGAAGAUGAUAGCAAACAGUGCGUCGAUAUCGUAGCAUUUUGUUUAGAUAUAAAGAUUACAGAAGACUCCAAAAUAACAACCAAUCUAUGUUACGACUGCUAUAGAAAAAUUAUAUCGUUUUAUAAAUUUAAGAUAUUAUCCUUAAAAAAUGAUGCAUAUUUGAGAUCUGUGCAUGAUGUGCAGUCAAAAGUCCAAAAAGUUUCUUUUUACGUUGACGAAAAUGGCGUAAAACACGCAAAUUUCGUGGAGUCUGAUGAUUUUGGUCCAAAUUUAGUAAAAGAUGGCAAUACAGAAAUUAGAAAGGAUAUUGAUCGUGAUGUGUUUUCUUUGGGAAAUGUUAAAAUAGAUGACAUAAAGGUUAAAUGUGAAGAAAAGUUAGGUGAUACUCAAACGUAUGAGGACCAUGGCACAAUAGAUGAAGAAACUCAAACAUAUGAGGGCCAUGACACAAUAGAAUACCUCUUAUAUCCAUCAGUAUCCAUCAGUAGCUGCCCAGCUACUGAUGGAUCUAGAGAUGGAGGUGAGCCAUCUAGCAAAGAAAAGGAUAUUAAAAGUAAAAAUAUUAAAAGGGCUAAUAGAAUGGCACCAAAACAUAAGAAACGUAGCUCGAAGAUAAAAGACCUGAAAAAAGAUGGAAAGGUGUCACAAGGACCUCAUACUUGUGAGCAAUGUGGUAUAACCGUAAUUGACAUUAAGUCACACUCCUUGACUCACAAGUCAAAGGAUGAACGGAAAAUGCUGAAGUGCAAGGCCUGCCCUAAGCUGUUUGUUUCCAGAGGUGGUAGACGCAGACAUUUCAACGUCCACCAUUUAGGUCGUAAAGCCAAGUGUGAUAUUUGCAAUGGAAAUUAUGUUCAUUUGGACACGCACAUCAAGCAAGUGCACAAGAAGGACGAACUACGAUUCGCCUGCGUGACGUGUGGGCGCCGCUUCGUGUCUCGGCCUGUGUUGGACCAGCACAUGGUCACGCACGCUGAGACCAUAGAUAAACCAUUUAAAUGUGACCUCUGCCCCAAGAAGUAUGCAUUUAAGCAGUGUCUUAGAGACCAUAUCAAGCGAACCCAUGAAAACAAAAGAAAUUACCAGUGCGAAUACUGUACGAAAACGUUCUACGCCAGAAAUGAGUUAAUAAAUCAUUUAAGGAUCCACACAAUGGAGCGCCCCUUCGAGUGUGGGGAAUGCGGCAAAGCCUUCACGUGGAAGAGGGCGCUUGUGUCGCACAUGCUCGUUCAUAGCGGUAUCAGGGACUUCAAAUGUCAACGCUGCGACCAGAGCUGCAGAACAGCUUCCGACCUAAAGACCCACAUGAUCACGCACACAAAGGAGAAGCGGUUCUCUUGCCAAUACUGCGGCAAGCGCUUCGGCCGCGCCGACUCCUGCCGGAGACACGAGGCCGGCCACCAGAAGCAACCUGCAGCCGACUGAACACCCUAUUUAUAUAGUUAUACUAAACAAAGUGCAGUUUUGUAUUGUCGACACGGUAAAAAUAUAACCUUAGAAUCAGAAUGUUUUAUUUGUAAAACAUAGGUACACAAUAGGUCUUAUUUUAUAGGUUUGAACAUUUGAACAAUUUGUUUUGCCGGUUGGCAUCCAUAUGAGAAUGAAAAUCGAAGUCAAUAAUACAAAUGUUGUAAGAUACUAGAUUACAAUUAAAAUAUAUCAUUAGUCAUUAAAAUAUUAAUAUCUUAUUUGUCAUAAUAUCAUAACAUAAUCAUCUACAUAGAUAUUCUUGUGUGGAAUAUGCUUUAUUUACUAGAAAUGUUAAAAAAGUUUUUUUUUUAAUUAUAUGUAGAGGUCGUGUAGUUUCCUUAUGCUAUCAGAUAGCAUAGAUAAAUAAUUUUAAUUACCAAUCUUAAUCGCCAUUCUAAAUACACUUUUUGAAAUAAAUUGUAUAGUUCUUCUUUAUGUUGCCAAUUUUACGUUCACUGUUAAACUUUGUAUAUUGACCAGAUUGACCUAUAUUACUUUUCACGUACUCAACAAUGCUGUUUCGUAUACCUAAAUAAUGGGAUGAGAAGGGAAGGGAUGGAAGUGUUAAUAUGGUCAAUCCAGUAAAAAAGGUUUUACAUGAUUUAGAUAAGUUUAAACCACAUAUGGAUACUACAUUUCUGUCUGUAGAGUUUCCCCAGAAGAUUACCCGGUAUCUUAAAGUUGACAUGACGUAAGCGUGAUAGCAAGUUAUGACAGCAGCGGUGGCAGCAUGGUUUAAUUUUUAUCACUUGUCACUAAGCCCGUCACUUUCAUGCCUACAUACUUGUUAGAACGAUACAGGCAUGGUGACAAAUGAUAAAGAGCCGACCAUCUCAGCCCUACAGGUUAUGUAAAAAUGUAUUAAGUUUUUUACAUUAUGGUCAAUUUGGUAUUUCCAUAGCAUGCUGCCAUUGGCUAAACAUGUGAUACCUACUGCUUAUAAUGAUUAUGUCAACUUCAAUUUAGCAAAUAAAUAAUAAUAAUAUAUUUCUGUAUCUGUUUUUAUGUAGUGUGCAAUAAAGAAUUUUAUUAUUAUUAUUAAUAACUCUGUCUUGUAUCAGUCUUCUUUCUUACAUUUGUUCUGUUUUUCCUUUCUAGACUGUAUCAUGUACCUAGUUUGUAUAAAUACUGUCUAUUAUAAAUUUCACAGUGUAUUAGUUCGCUGUAAUGCUGUGUACAUUUAUUGAAAGAAUAAAAAAAAUAAAAAUAAAUCUUAUUAUCUUAUCUUACCUAAUCCUAAAAAUUUUGAGACGUCAGUUACUAUUACUAAGUGUAAUACGGGUUAAAAUCGGACGGCUGUUAUGAAAUUAGAUGCAGAUUGGACAAAUUAAACCUUAAAAUGGAGUGCUAAUGUUCAAAAUCCAUAUUUGUAAGAACAUGCAUUUGUAACUAGUGCAGUACCAAAAUAAAGUGUUGUGUAUUUGAGUA